AGUUUUGAACAAGGAACAUUUACAUUUUAAAUGUAUGCAAGCUCGUGGAUGAUCUGGCAGCAAAAUAGGAUAGAAUGCUAAAAAGAGAAAUAGAAAGGACUUGAUUUUGGGUGGAAUCCAGGCACAGUUGUGAGGGAGAAACACUAACAAAACAGCCUUAAAGACUACCCACUACUCCCCUAAUUAGCUUUUAAGCUCCUUGAGCCAGGGGCUGCAUUCUACAGUCUGCUAAAUGCCAAAUGUGUAUUAACUAAAUGUCUGAAUUCUACAAAAUCAUGCACUAAAACUAAGCCUUGAGGGAAAGCAGAGUUCUAAAAAGAAUUGGUAGGGAAAGCAGAAUUCCAAAACCAGAGCCCUAAUAAAAACAAGUCUUAAUAAGAAAGAGACUUCUAGUACAGGUUAAGUCUCUACCUACCACAUUUGUCUGCUUGGAUCAGUAGGUAGUCUGACUUAUCAGAUGUAAACUCUGGGGCUUAAGCUUUGCAGAAAUCCUUUUAGAUUUUAAGUCCUACAAGAUAACUUGCCUCAAAUGGAGACCACUUUUAUUAAAAUUAACUCUCCAAAGGCAGCUUUUUCUAAACAUCGGAAAUGUCACCUAUGCCUAAAGCUCUCCCAAACCUAAAGGGCUUCUUAGGCCACUCAGCCAGCCACUUUCCAAAGGAAAGGCACUUCUGCAAAAUUUGCAUCUGUUUCAGGCUCUUGGUAUGUAUUACUAAGGCUUUCUGUAAAUGGUGAAAGAAAGCUUACCUAGAGCUUCAGAACAUUGACAUACUAGGAGAAAAUGUCAUUAGCGCAACUUGGCAUUCAUCCAUCUACCAAUCUCAUACAGAUGGUCCCUGACUUCACUGGUUUCAGCCUGUGGUUUUUUGACUUUCUGGUGGUGCAAAAAUGCAUUCAGUAGAACCCACACCUCAGAUUUUGAAUUUUGAUCUUUUUCCAGGCUUAACAGUAAUCUCAUUGGGUUAAGCACAUUUUCCCAAAAUGAGCCCAUAUUUCUGAUCCUCCUCUAGCACUGUGCCUCUGUAGUGCACUGUAGUAUAGUCCAAAAAGUAGUACUAAUUUGUUUAUUAAUAACAGUUAAUGGAUACAGUAAUCAUUGAUCUUUUAAAAUGUCUGUGUGUACACUGGUGUUCCUAAUGUGCUGCUUGCUGGCCUAAUUUUGGCUAAAUACCUACAACAUAGUUACUACAGUAGAGAUGGUUUAAUCAUUCAUGCAUCGUGGUUCAUGAUAAUGUGGGAAGAAAGUACAAAAACCCCAAUACAGCUUCUAAAUAACUAUAAUUCACAAAAUAUAACUCUUCAUUCUUCCAUUUAGGGAUCACCGAGUUUCUCCAGAUAGCUUGCCCCCACUAGAAGUAGUCAUUUGUAAUGACUAGUUGUUCCCAGAAGCUGACUGUGACCAAGAACAGUUAAUAAGGGUAAAAGCUGAAACACAAAUGACAUUUGGGGGCCACGUGGUGUAUAGGAAUUUCAAGUACCUGCAUCUUCUGAGGGCAUAACUGCAUUACAUAAACCUUACACAGCAUAUCCCCCGCCCCCCGCCAUUUAUAAGCUCUUACACACCCCCAGUGAGGAGGACUUACACUAGGUGAUACAGAGUAUAGAGAUACUCCCAAUUCAUUGACAGACCUUUGUCCAGUAAGACUAAGGGCUGGUUCCAAGUAGACCAUUAUAAUUACUACUUACAUUCCAAAUGCUUAAAACGUUGUCUAACAAAAAGACAAGUGUGAGAAUUGACUUCUUAACUGUGAUAAGGAAAUGGUGGUGUGUUCUGAUAAUUGUUCAAUACAUGGAAGGAGGGGUUGAGGUUUGAUAGUACAGCAGCAGGAAUGCUUAUAUGAAGGUGAGCGGGUUGAAUCAAGGAAAUGUCUUCACUUUUCACAAUCUAACAGCACUGGCUUUGAGGUUGAGUUUGAUUCAAGUCUAAUUCUGCAGCCUGGUGGGUUGGCUAACCUCUUUUUUAUAAAUCUUGCCUUUGGUCUCAACUCUGGCUUAUCUGGAAGGCUGAAUGUCCUCUUCACAGCUGUCACCUUGUCACUAAUGUGGCAGACUAUUACCUUGUUGGAUACCCAAAAUGUAAUAAUGCCCAGAAAAGUAUUUGAAAAGGAAUUUAAAACCUAUGAACAACCAGGGAUGGAUUUGCCAGCUGUUGGUGUUUUGGUGUAUACUCCUAACUGAAUGAGAUAUCAAAACCUCUGUUACUUCAGUAAUAAUGUUUUCAGAGCAUCAGUGAGCAUGCUAAACCUAUAUUACAGAUCUAGUAGAUUGGGGAUGUUGUAGAAAUGUUAAGAUGGCUUUUUCUUUUUUUUUUUUGAGGAUAUUGAGUAAUUUGUAAUGGGAGUUCAGUUGCCUUGGCCAGGACUUAGGGUGUUUCAUUCUCAUUAACACUAAACAGCCCUACAAGGACAGACGCUUGAUUUUAGAGAGGAUGGUACUGGUGUACUGAAUGGUAGAUCAGCAGCCUUCAUUGUGUGCAUCCAGAAAUGAAACACCUUGGUUGUGAUCUGUACAGUUGGAAAAAACAUCUUCAAGUUCAAACCAGUGUUUUCUACUUGCUGGAUUUGCUUAUUCUGGCUCUGUAAUUUCUAAUUUUGGUAUGUAAGCCCUGUUUGCUAAUAUUUAAGAAAGCUUAAAUUUAAGGCUUACAUUUCAUUUUACAAGAAUUGCGAUAUUUGGACUUGGUGGUGUGGUACCUUCAGUGUCAGCCAUUAAUAUUUUCUUUUUAAAGAUUUUAUUUAUUUGACAGCACAAGCAGGAGGAGCAGCAGGGAGAAGGAGAAGCAGGCUUCAAUGAGGGGCUCCAUCCCUGGGCCCCAGGACCAUGACCUGAGCUGCUUAACCAACUGAGCCACCUAGGCGUCCCAGCCAUAACUAUUCUCUAAGGUUUUACCAGCUGUUAUCUGGUAGUGCUUCCUCUGGAUUUGCACUGUUUUGCCAGUUAAUUUCAAGUCCCAGUAGAAGCAAUAGAGUCCUCUCCAGAUGAGGAAUGAGGGAAACAAUGCUCAGGCCCCUUGAAUGUUGAUCGAUCAUUUUGCAAUGAUGGUGUGUCCAUAGGCCAAAAUUUGCUGCUUAGUUUUCAGAUUGAGGGAAUAUGUGCCUGGAUACGUGUUCCCUGAACUCCCAACUCCGAACUUUAGAGUUUUUUUGGGGAAAGGUGGGAGUUGCUGAACUGUUUACUGUCAGCCUGGCACUUCAAGUUGGGGAAGGUUGCGUUCCUGGUGGCCUCCUCGAGUAGGAGGCAACUCCCAUCCUGGCUGUGAGCUCUCUACUCCAGCAGCUGCUAGCAGUAGGGAUGGAGCUGAGCAGAUAGAACUACUGGCAUGCAUGUGGGACAACCAGUACACACCUCACAGAUUGAACUUGGCUCUGAAUUGAUUGAUGUAUCUGGUGAGAAUGGUUUACGUUCUGAAGGCAGUAUACCAAGGUAAUUUGGUGAACAUUUUUGUUCAAGUUGAUUAAGGCACCUGUUACUUCACAAAUACCUUUGGUUAUUUAUCAUAGCUUUUGUGUUUUAAUUAGGGUGAAUUUUAACCUACCCUAGCUCACAAAUUUUCAUUCAUAAGAUAAAUACAUAAUUCUUAUUUCAGGCACUGUUAAAAUAAUGAUCCUCUAGGAUAAUCUGAUAAUGCCAUCCUUUUUUUUAAAAAAGUGCUUGCAUAUUUCAAGGUUAAUGCUACUCUUGAUUGAGGUCUGCAGACUUUCCCUUUAGAGCCAGAUAUUUUGGGGCUUUGUGGGCCACACUUUCUGUCACAGCUACCCAGGUCUACUGUUGGGAGUAUGAAAGCAGUCAUAGACAACAUGUAAAAAUGAAUGAGUGUGGCUAGAUUUUUCUAAUUUAUGAACAUUGGAAUUUGAACUUCAUAUAAUUGAAAAUGCAAAACCAUUUUUAGCUCCCAGACUGUACAGAAACAAGCUGUACACACACUGUAGCUUGCCAGCCCUCUUCUAGAUUGUAAGUUACAGCUGCCUGUUAGAAAAGAAGUGACUUUUGUUCGUUUAUACUUAGUUCGGAAUAUGAAGGUUACUUCUUUCCACCCAAUUGUAAGCGUAAAUACAAUAGGAACUCUCUAUAUACUGAGCAUUGGCUUUACCUGAAUCUCCCUACUCCUUUCUCAGUCUUAGAUACCUUUUAAGUAUUCAUACAUUCCAUAGGUGAGGGAACAGAGUGAUGAGCCUGGGGUCACAUACUCUUAAAAUUUGGGAGAAUGAUAAGAUUUUGUAAUUUAAAAAACAGAUAUUAUGACCACAAACCUAAGCGCAUACAGCUCUGAGGCUAGUAAACCAAGUCUUGGCUUCUAUCUUUUGUUAGUCUCCAAGAAUUGGAAUGUCACGAAUUGAAUCUGGUAGUUAAAGUGAUUUCAUUAGGUUCAUUCAGAUGGUGUAGUAAUGUGAGCACAAUAUUGUUGAAUUCUGAAAAACUGUGUGUACAAAAGCUGUCAUUGCUUGUUUGUGAUAGACUCUGCACUCCUCUUAUUUGAAUGACUCUGAAAGGUGUGUUAAUGUGGAAGGGCUUCCCAGCCCAGUGGAGGUUUGAGGGUGGUGUUGGGGGGCUGCGGUGCUCCCUGGGCAGCAGGAGUGUACGGUGGUGGUCCUCCUUGCAGGUGCUGCUGGUGAGCAGCAGCCGGUACCCUGACCAGUGGAUUGUCCCUGGAGGAGGCAUGGAGCCAGAGGAGGAACCUGGUGGCGCUGCCGUGAGGGAGGUGUACGAAGAGGCUGGAGUCAAAGGAAAGUUAGGCAGACUCCUGGGCAUAUUUGAGCAGAACCAAGACAGAAAGCAUAGAACGUAUGUUUAUGUUCUUACUGUCACUGAAAUAUUAGAAGAUUGGGAAGAUUCUGUUAAUAUAGGAAGGAAGAGAGAAUGGUUCAAAGUAGAAGAUGCCAUCAAAGUUCUCCAGUGUCAUAAGCCUGUACAUGCAGAGUACCUGGAAAAACUAAAGCUGGGUUGUUCUCCAACCAAUGGAAAUUCCACAGUCCCUUCCCUUCCAGAUAACAACACCUUGUUUGUGACUGCCGCACAGACCUCUGGGUUGCCAUCCAGUAGAAGAUAGAACUGGGAGGACCUCCCAUGUGCAGUCUUGUGGGGAGAGGUCUCUUUAUUUUUCUUGGUAAACAUCCGAAUGAUGCUUGCAAACUGUCUGAAUUUGCCAUGCAGGAUUUUCAAACAAUUUGCAAGUUUUUCAGAUGUUUUCAGAUCUUCUUUAAAAAAAAAAAAUGUAAAAUAUUUUAAUAAGCCAAAGCCAUGUGGAAUUUUUUUUAGAUGCCUUAAUUGUGCCCCUGCCCCAACCCACACUCCCAUUCUAGUUGUCAAUUUUUCACACAUUUUGUUCAGUUUUUCGUCCAUUUGACAUCAGUCUGUGGUUUUUGUCAGAUCAGCUUAUGGGUAGAUCUUUUCUCUAAAAUUAUUUCCUCAUCACAGCAUUAACAUAGUCAACAAAUUCUUAUGUUGUAGAAAUUUAUAAAAAUCUUGAUAUUAAAGAAAUCUGUCUAUCUGAAAACGUGUAUCACAGGAUCACAGUUCUAAUUUCUAAAUUCCAGAUUUUGACUAUUUCUGUAUGGUCCAGUAACUACUUUGACAAAGGACUUAAUUUGCUAUUUUCAGGAAUUUGUCAACUCAUUUGUCUAAAUUUUCACAACUGGUACGUCUCUAGCUACCUGAUAGGGCCAGUUUCCCUCUAUAACCCGAACUUUCUGUUAAAGGACUAUUAACUGUAUACAGUUGGUGAUUUUUAGAGAGGUAUGUUAAGAAAGAUGCAUGUAAUAAAUACAUCAUCAUGAAAAACUGUAUUCAUGAGAUUUAAGUUAAGCAUGCUAGAUUGCCAAUUCCCUUUAUCCAUAAUCUCUCUACACAGAAUACUUGAGAACCAUAAUUCUCUUGAGGUAAAUGUUUCCUGUUUUUUAAUUUACCGACCCCUCUAGUUAAACUUACUGGUUACCAGUAGUGACCCACAGAAUUAAGAGUCUAACCUCAAAUGCUAGUCAAUGGUGACGACAUCACAGUUGAGAAAUGGCCUCCUUGCUGUUCCACUGUUACAGACUUAGAUUAUUAAGACACCUAAGAAUGUCUCAUCUUUCAUAGGUUGCUAGUAAGGUACUACUUAUCCUAUAACUAUUGGGGCACUGGAACAUACCUGAACCAAGAAUUACUUUGUCUUAUCUUUACACUCACUUGGAAUCAAGAAUCCACUGACACACACACAGGUACCUUGUCUGAAGCCCCUGUGCUCCCUUUCCCCACCAAAACAAAACAAAAAUAACAGAAAUGAGACGGGAGGACAGAAACAUUUGAAUAAGAAAAACAUGGGGCGGGAGGAGUGAAAGAUGAUUCUGUAUGUAGGCGUUAGCCUUGUAAAUAUUAUAACUGGUGAGUAUAGAGUAGAAAGUUAGUAUAGUUGUACAUUCUACAAAUUGCUAACCUUUAAAAAUAUACUUGCUGCUAAAAAAUAGAGUGCUGUUACACCUAAGGAAAACCGGUGCAGCUGUUUUGAAAAAGAUUUGUGCCAUAAAUGCAGCUGAACUAAAUACAAAUAUUAGUUCACAAAUUAAUGCUGUCAGAGGAAUGAGUAAAAUAGAAAGACUUUUAACCAAUGACAUUUCAUUCUAAAUUACGUAGUGUGAUCAAACAUGAUCAUCCAGAAUUUUUGUAUUUUUCUUUGUAUAGGUUAUGUUUCCUGGGUGUUUUUUAAAAAGGAAACAUUUUAAAUCCACAGAUUGACACUUUCAAUCUUUAAUGGACUUAAGAUUUUUUUCUCAGUAAUCGCUGAAGUCUUUAAAUUAUAUACCUUAACACAGCAGAGGAACUGGAUUUUGUAUAUAAAACUGUCCACCUGAAAUGCUGUCACAAGUACUGGGGGUGGGGGGGGAUCUUGUACAUGAUAUUCUUAGAGGUAAUAAUGCAUGAACUUACUUUAUAAACUCCUAGACUGUGUAUUUGAUAUGUAAAAUAUGUACAGUAUUGUCAGCCAUCUCUUAAAAGUUGAGCCUAUAAAUAUUGUUGUAUAAUUUUUUUUGGUCAAGAACAUUUGGACUAAGUAGUGCCACUAGGGUCAGGAUUUUCUUCAGUGCCAUUUAGCAAACCAACGGUCUUCAGGUCUAUGCAACUAGCAAAAAUUGGUAUGAUGCAGAAGAAUACUUCACAGUUGUCGCACUUUGAAUUUCACAUGAGGGAUUCUUCACUAUUCCUCUGGAACCCAGGCUAGCAAAAUUAGAGGAAAGGCCCUAAAGAGAUUUCCAUUUCUGUUGAGGAGGAAAAGCCUUCCUUUCCAGGCUCAAUAGUUGAAUCUACUAUGGAUGACAGUGUCUACUAUCUCAACCCUUGAAACUUCACAAAGUGUUGGGACCCAUUCUGCUUUCUGUGGUGUAGAUGGAUAAAAAUUGGGCAGCUAAAUUUUUCAGUCCCAUGUGCCUCCUAAAUAAAAGAAGUUAACUAGGUUAUAAGUUGACAUGCAGACACAAAGUAGCAAACUAUCCUGAAUAUUUGUUGUUGGGGGUUGUGUGUGUGUGGGUAUGUGUGUGUGUUUCAAUAAACAGGUGAAAUUUGCCCACCAGGCAUGUGCCAUUCAACUUUCUGUCAAACAGUUGUAUAAAGCGGCAAAACAAGGGGGGUGUGUGUGUGGAAUGAUUGUUGUAUACACUCUAAAUUGCUUUGCAUGGUCUCAGAGAUAAUUGGUGUAAGAAUCUUUACUUUUUUUAUAUUUGGAAACCAAAUAAAAAUGGAAAUAAUUUUUUUUAAACCAUAACUGAA